UCUUGUGAAAGAAUGGAAGACUUUAUUGGAAUAUAUUUUCUGAGGAUUGCUCAGGUGGACGACCUGCUGUUGCUUUAAGUGUUUUUUUUUCUCUCUCCCUACAAUGUCCACUUGUUUUAAGAGUGAAUUAGGACAACGUGACUCCUGUAAAGACUUGGGCGGACGGCCGGACGGAGCGGCGCGUGCUCAUCAUCGGCUCAGUAGAGCUGUCAUGCUGCCUAAAGUCGAUUCAGAAUCUCUGGGACUCGCUCGAUCGCAUGGGGAACAGGGACAUAUGCCUGGAAACAUGCAAGCCCCCCAGUUUAAAAUGAUGGACUACUCCUAUGAUGAAGACUUGGAUGAAAUGUGUCCAGUGUGCGGAGACAAGGUGUCCGGGUAUCACUACGGGUUACUGACUUGCGAGAGUUGCAAGGGCUUCUUCAAGCGUACGGUGCAAAACAACAAGCGCUACACAUGUAUAGAGAACCAGAGCUGUCAAAUAGACAAGACCCAGAGGAAACGCUGUCCCUACUGCCGCUUUCAGAAGUGCCUGACUGUCGGCAUGAAACUGGAGGCUGUGAGGGCCGAUCGAAUGAGAGGAGGUCGGAACAAGUUUGGCCCCAUGUACAAACGAGACCGGGCGCUCAAGCAACAGAAGAAAGCCUUGAUCCGGGCCAACGGACUCAAGCUAGAAGCCAUGACACAAGCCAUGCAGACAGUCCCAGCAGACCUCACCAUUACCUCCGCCAUUCAGAACAUCCAUUCAGCCUCCAAGGGACUUCCACUGAGCCACCAUCACCACCAUCACCACCACCACAGCUCCUCCAGUGCAGGGCUGCCACCUGCAGACUUUGAUCGUAGCCCCUUCGUAACCUCCCCAGUCAGCAUGGCCAUGCCACCGCAUGCCGGUGGCUUGCAAGGCUACCAGGCAUAUGGCCACUUCCAGAGCCGCACCAUCAAGUCAGAGUACCCUGACCCCUACACAAGCUCACCAGAGUCCCUAAUGGGCUACCCGUACAUAGAGGCCUAUGCUGGUGGAUCACCUCCCACUUUCCCCCACCUGGUGGUAGAGCUGCUCAAGUGCGAACCGGACGAACCCCAGGUGCAAACAAAGAUCCUAGCGUACCUGCAGCAGGAACAGGCCAGUCGAGGCAAGCACGAAAAACUCAACACCUUUGGCCUCAUGUGCAAGAUGGCAGACCAGACACUGUUCUCCAUCGUAGAAUGGGCAAGGAGCAGCAUCUUCUUCCGAGAACUGAAGGUUGAUGACCAAAUGAAGCUUCUCCAGAACUGUUGGAGUGAACUCCUCACCCUGGACCAUGUUUUCCGGCAGGUGAUGCAUCCCAAAGAGGGCUCCAUCCUCCUAGUCACGGGGCAACAGGUGGAUUAUGCCCUAAUUGCCUCCCAAGCCGGGGCAACACUCAACAACCUCCUGAGUCACGCGCAGGAGCUGGUGAGCAAACUGCGUUCCCUCCAGCUGGACCAGAGGGAGUUUGUCUGCCUCAAGUUCCUGGUGCUGUUCAGCUUGGAUGUGAAAAACCUAGAGAACUUCCACCUGGUGGAGAGCGUCCAAGAACAGGUCAACGCAGCAUUGCUGGACUACGUCAUGUGCAACUACCCCCACCAGACAGACAAAUUCGGCCAGCUGCUGCUGCGGUUGCCGGAGAUCAGGGCCAUCAGCCUGCAGGCGGAGGAGUAUCUGUACUACAAACACCAGAACGGUGAUGUGCCCUGUAACAAUCUACUUAUAGAGAUGUUGCACGCCAAACGUGCCUAAGGUCAACACGACCGCAAACCUUCCAUCUCAACGCAUCGCACGCACUGCUCCCAGCACCACCUCAGCCCAGCAUCAUCAACAGACAUAGCCUUUGAACAAUGAAACGUGCAUACGUGAGAUGCGCACUGACUAACUGGGUUUGCAGUGCGGCAGACAGUCAAGGGGCAGAUACAUUUCUGAUUAAGAAAUUAAAUGAACCAAACAAAUAGUGUUAUAAUGACCUCUUGGCCACCGAUUUGUCAUAGUGUUGUCGAACCAUGACUGUCCAUCGUUAUUUGUUCUUGUGCAGCUGACCUUGUGAAUCAAAGGUCAAAUAUACACUCAGACUUAAGUUGGAGGGUUUAAGAUUACCAGACUGGGCAAUCGUUCAUGACUUAAGACUGGUUUGCCAGCAUUGAUCCAAUGUUUCCAUUGGGGCCUGGCCAUGUGCCCCCAAUCCUCACUCCCUCCUGUCUGUUUUAAGGCACACAAACUGGGACAGAGCCAGAUUUGUAAUGGACAACCAGCCAGUGCCCACAUCUGUGCCACCCACAAAGACUUUAUUCCAACCCCUCUCAAAAAAUAAGUAUUUCUAUUAAAAUUGGUAGUCAUUUCUUCUUCUUUGUCACUCUGAGGCUGCGUAUCGCCAGAAUCUUCCUUGCAAAUGUAAAAAAGAAAUAGAUCUCCUCGUGGCAUUUUCAUUCAUAGGUGCAAAAUGUAACUUUUUUUGUUUUAUUGUAACAUUUUUGCAGUUUUACGGGAGAAAGCACAUGGGUUCCAAGAACAAAAUACAGUCUCAGAGGCAGAAUGAAGAAAUACUGCCUCAUUCAACACAAGACCAAAGCCUGCAGAGAACAAAAAAAAAGUGAAACAACCAACCUUAACUAUCAGUAUUAAUAAUUUGAUGUCACAGUCAUGUGAGUCUUGCCUUAUUUCAUUUCCAUGAUAGCUAA